CCUCAGCUUCCAGAGCAAGCCCUGCGGCCGCCGGAGCAGCUCCCGCGGCGGAGCAGGAGCCGGAUGGUCAGAGGAGCCCGGCAGCCCCAGCAGCCGCGGAGUCGCCUGGCCCCCAGACUGACUGGCACAGUGGAGAAACCACCUCGAAAACGGAAAAGCAGGACUGAAUUUGCUCUUAAAGAAAUCAUGUCCUCUGGAGGUGCUGAAGAUGACAUCCCACAGGGGGAGAGGAAAACAGUUACAGAUUUCUGUUAUCUUCUGGACAAAUCUAAGCAACUGUUCAAUGGGUUAAGAGAUUUGCCACAAUAUGGACAGAAGCAGUGGCAGUCAUACUUUGGAAGAACUUUCGAUGUUUACACCAAACUCUGGAAGUUCCAGCAACAACAUCGACAAGUCUUGGAUAAUCGGUAUGGCCUGAAGCGGUGGCAAAUUGGGGAAAUUGCUUCCAAGAUCGGGCAGCUAUACUACCACUAUUACUUACGCACAUCUGAGACCAGCUAUCUGAACGAGGCUUUCUCCUUCUACUCUGCAAUCAGACAGAGAUCAUAUUACUCUCAAGUCAACAAAGAAGACAGACCUGAGUUGGUAGUUAAGAAGCUGCGAUACUAUGCAAGAUUUAUAGUAGUUUGUCUUCUUCUCAACAAAAUGGAUGUUGUGAAGGAUUUGGUAAAGGAAUUGUCAGAUGAAAUUGAGGAUUAUACUCACCGCUUUAAUACUGAAGAUCAAGUGGAAUGGAACUUGGUGCUUCAAGAAGUAGCAGCUUUCAUUGAGGCGGAUCCUGUAAUGGUGUUGAAUGAUGAUAACACCAUUGUUAUCACAUCCAAUCGCCUUGCUGAGACAGGAGCCCCAUUGCUGGAGCAGGGCAUGAUUGUAGGACAGCUGUCUCUGGCUGAUGCACUCAUUAUUGGUAAUUGUAAUAAUCAGGAAUCAGCUGACAAGCCUACCAGACGAGAAAACCCCCACAAAUACCUGCUCUAUAAACCAACCUUCAGCCAACUCUACACAUUCUUAGCAGCAUCUUUUAAGGAGCUGCCUGCCAAUAGUGUGCUUCUGAUUUACCUGUCAGCCACUGGUGUUUUCCCCACAGGUCGUUCUGAUAGUGAAGGUCCCUAUGACUUUGGAGGUGUGCUUACUAAUAGUAACCGGGAUGUUAUAAAUGGAGAUGCCAUCCACAAGCGAAAUCAGUCCCACAAAGAAAUGCACUGCCUUCACCCAGGAGACCUCUAUCCUUUCACAAGGAAGCCCCUGUUUGUCAUUGUGGACUCAUCCAACAGUGUCGCCUACAAGAACUUCACAAACUUGUUUGGACAGCCACUAGUCUGCUUGCUUUCUCCUACGGCAUAUCCAAAAGCUUUACAAGAUCAAUCUCAACGAGGUAGCCUCUUCACUCUCUUUCUGAACAAUCCUCUAAUGGCCUUCCUGUUUGUCUCUGGAUUGUCAAGCAUGCGUAGAGGCCUAUGGGAAAAGUGUCAAGAAUAUCUUCGAAAAAUCAACCGUGAUAUUGCCCAGCUACUGACUCAUUCACGUUCAAUAGAUCAGGCAUUUCUCCAGUUUUUUGGAGAUGAAUUUCUUCGCUUGCUUCUCACAAGAUUUAUCUUCUGUUCAGCCACCAUGAGGAUGCACAAGAUUUUUCGGGAAACACGAAAUUAUCCAGAAUCUUACCCCCAACUGCCAAGAGAUGAAACAGUGGAGAAUCCUCAUCUUCAGAAGCACAUUCUGGAAUUAGCAUCCAUUCUGGAUGUUCGAAACGUCUUCUUUGAGAGUACCAUAGAUGACUAUUAAGACAAAAACACUUGUUGAAAGAAUUUUCAUUUUCCACGAUUUUAAAUGGUGCAGUUUUCUAAUGUGAUGACAGACACACAGUGUGUUACUUAGUUUUUAUUUUUAAUUUAGGAUCACCAUUUUAAAAACAAAAAAAAAAAGUUUAAACUUUUAGGGUAACUUUUAAAAUGCAGUCUUUCAAGUCUUUUAAAAUCUCAAUCUUGGAAUUUUUAUUUUUUUGGUUUUGACAUACAGAUACUUCCAGCAUCCAAUCAUAGAGUCAGAUAGUCACUAUUCUCACUCUGAGAAGAAUAAAGUGUUUAUUUUUGCAUAAAUGAGGAGAAUCCAACAUACUUAUUCUUGGAACUUAAAUGUCUGGAUUUGGAAAAUGUAUAAUUGUUCAAGAUGAUGAAACAGGCCAGCAUGGACUACUGAAAAUCAAGAACAUUCUUUCAUAUUUCUUUUCAUUCCAAGUUAGUAGGUAGCACGAUG